CUCGCAAUAGUUGCUCAACGAACGCGGUACGCGUGUGGGAGAGUCCCCCCCCGGAGCAAGGGCAUGCAGUGAGUCCAGUAUCACACACAGUCACUUCAGCACACUGGUAUUGCUCUAUACAUUCCACCAUGGAAUCUCCCGGUCGUCAGGUUGACAUGAAUUGCAACAAGUCCAAGUUUCGUAUGCCAGAUAUCAUUGCCAAGAAGAGGGAUGGGGAAGAGCUGUCCACCCAAGAGAUUGAAUGGUUUGUCGAGAAGAUGCCGAGCGUGGAUGACAGUCAGAUAGGAGCUUUUCUGAUGGCGAUGUAUUUAAAGGGGCUCUCUCGUGACGAGACAGCGGCCCUUACCAAGGCCAUGCAGAACAGUGGAGACGUGCUCCAUUGGCCCCCGGAGUGGAAGGGUUUGGUGGUUGAUAAACACUCCACCGGAGGAAUCGGAGAUAAGAUUAGCCUACCCCUUGCUCCGGCCCUGGCCGCUUGCGGAAUGAAGGUGCCGAUGAUUUCUGGCAGAGGGCUUGGUUUCACCGGGGGAACUCUUGACAAAUUAGAGUCGAUCCCCGGCUACAGAGUCGACGUUGCCGAAAAAGACAUGCUCCCGAUUCUGGAGCAGGUCGGCUGUUGCAUCGUGGGGCAGACGAGCAACCUGGUUCCUGCAGAUAAGAAGCUGUACGCCACGAGAGACGUGACGGCGACUGUGGCAAGUCUACCAUUAAUAACAGCGUCUAUUAUCUCAAAAAAGGCAGCUGAGAAUGUCAACUCGUUGAUCCUCGACACGAAAUUUGGCAAGGGCACUUUUAUGAAGACGAUUGAGGAGGGGCGGCAAUUGGCCAAGAGCUUGGUAACAGUGAGUAACGCCUUGGGUAUUAAGACUACUGCUCUGUUGACUGAUAUGAACAGCCCUAUUGGCUGCACGGCAGGCAAUGCUCUCGAGGUGGCGGAAGCCAUACAGUGUCUGCAGGGAUCGGGACCAGAUGAUUUAAGGGAGCUGGUGUGCCAGCUUGGUGGACACUUGUUAUUUAUAAGUGGAAAGGCUGACUCCCCAGCCGAUGGGAUCGCAACCAUCCAGACUACUCUACAGGAUGGUACAGCUUGUGCAAAGUUCCAGGCUAUGCUGGUGGCCCAGGGUGUAUUGUCGUCAAUAGCCGAGAGACUAUGCCAGUCUAAACUAGAUCAAGUCGAUGACGUAUGGAAAGUGUUAGAGAGAGCGGCGUAUACCACGGAACUACAGGCUGAACAAUGUGGUUACGUUCAAUCUAUUGACGCUCUUGCCCUCGGCAAGGUCAUCCUGGAGCUUGGCGCUGGGCGGUCCGUGGCGGGAGCCGACAUCGACUACUCGGUCGGCUUUCGGCUUCUCGUCAAAGUUGGUUCACAAUUGAAAAUAGGUCAGAGCUGGAUCAGCAUGUAUCACAACACAUCACCGCUAUCCGAAGAUCACAUACUGAGGUUACAAUGUGGACUAGUGAUUGGAUUAGACAAGGUCACACCGCCACCUCGAGUUCAUGAGGUCAUAACUGCAGACUAAAGUUCAUAUCCUAGAUUGAAACUGUAGGCAAAAAAAAAACAUGUUUAGCGUCCAGCCUUUAAAAAAAAAAAAUUAUCUGUUAGUUUCCUAAAUAUCA